AUCACACACACCGUGUGACUCACUCACCCUUUCAUUACAUUUUCACACAUAACAAAACCAACUCACUGCUCUUCUCUCGAGAAGCCCCGACCCGGAAAAUGCGAGCCAAAUCGGAGCCCGCGGCCCAGCCUCCCUCCUCCUCCGCCUCUGGUGGCGCUUCCUCCGGCGCGUCGCUGGAUCCGAUCUUCCACCUCCUCCGGGUGCUGCCCUUCAGUUUCCUCCGCCCCCCGCGGCUCCGCCUCAAACUCCCCUCCCUGACCCUCCCCUCCCCCAACGCCGUCUUCGCCCUCCUCCUCCUCACCUAUUUCAUGGUCGUCUCCGGCAUCGUUUACGACAUCAUUGUGGAACCUCCCGGCAUCGGCUCCAUGCAGGAUCCCUACACCGGCUCUGUGCGCCCCGUCGUCUUCAUGUCCGGCCGCGUCAACGGGCAGUACAUCAUCGAAGGCCUCUCCUCUGGCUUCAUGUUCGUGCUCGGCGGCAUCGGCAUCAUUCUCCUUGAUCUCGCGCUCGACCGCAACCGCCCGAAGUCCGUCAAGGUCUCCUACGCCUCCGCCGGCGUCUCCUCCGUCGUCCUCGCUUACGUUAUGAGCAUGCUCUUCAUCCGCAUUAAGAUCCCCGCCUAUCUCAGAUGAACUCGUGCGCUUUAAGUCAUUUGUAGUUUCACUUUUGAUGAGGUUUCGUUUUCGCGGUUUCUAGGGUUGAUGGAAUUACAUGGAUAUGGUAAUUGGAUCUGAUUUGGUGUUAUUUAUAUGGAAUGUACUUUUUGGAGUAAAA